GGUUAAGAAACGUCACUUACAGCUGAUUUCAGUGUCCAAAGCAAAUCAACAUAAAUUUCUUUUUUUAACGAUCAUGAUCGAUCUCGCCAGCUGAUUUUUUUAAUAACUAACUAUAGGUACGCAGCACCUGUUCUUCCAUCGUAGAUGUAGUUACAAAUUCAAACCGCAGUCACUCGCACUGUAGCAUAAACAUUGUUUGGAUAUCGCUUCAGAUGUAUGUAAGAAAGAUGUAAAAACAUUUCAUCGCACUUACGGACGAAAAUGGAUAUACUAAUUGAGCCGGAUUGCUACAAAGUUUGUAGAAUCUGCAUGGAAAGCUGCGAGGAUGACUUCGUAUGCGUUUACGAUGAAUUCGAGGAUAAUAUCCUCAUGGACGUAAUUGCUGAAUGUGCCCGAGUUGAGAUUAGAAAAGACGAUGCACUGCCACGAAAUGCCUGCCGAAAUUGUGCAGAAUAUAUGAUUAUAGCCUAUCAUAUUAUACAAAAGUGUCGCGAUUCCGAUCAGACUUUGAGAUCGAUAUUUAAACAUGAAAUCGAUUUGAGCAGCAGAAAAGAAGAGCCAAUUUUCGGAGUAACCGACAUCCACGAAACGGAUAUCAACCCAGCGGAAUAUGCAUUCCUUCUGUCAGAUGCAUACGACAAAAUCAUGUUGGAGGAUGUCAAGGGUCUAAUUGCGGCGGACGCCAAUAAUGGUUUAGUAAACGAAUUUCACUGCGAGGAUCAUUACCAAAGUAUGUUAAAUGAGGAUCACAUUAUAACCACACAUUCCAGCCAAGAAAUCCCUACUCCGGUUGAGACGCUCCAAUUGGAUUAUUCGGAACUAGCGGGAACAGAGGAAAAUAGACAUCCAGAGUUAAGUCAACAUGAGGCUCACGCGACUAAAAAGUGUUGUGGAUGCAAAAAGAUAUUUGAAAAUGAAUUUGAUCUGAAGAACCAUUGCGACUCAGUCCACCUGAGUGAAUCAAGCAACGCUCAUGAUGAUACGAGACCGUUCAAAUGUCCCGUAUGCUAUAAAUCGUUCUCCAAUCAGCAACUUUUGAAAGAACACCAGCGAAGUGUAAUUCGAAAGUAUUUCUGUCGACAAUGUGGUAAAGGAUUCAUGACACAAGCGAACUUAGAAAAUCAUUUAAAGUGCCACGUGUCCUCGCGAGAAACCAGAAGGUGCUGUGGUUGUCGCAAAGAUUUUAAAAAUGAUACGGAACUUGCAUUGCAUUCCAAUGAAGUGCACAAACCGGAGCAGACUUUCGAUCCUAUCAAACCGUUUGAAUGCAACAUCUGCUAUCGACGAUAUCCUACUCGAAAGUCCCUUGUAAGCCACAAGCGAAUGAUUCAACAGCAUCAAUGCUCUCACUGUGGUGAAUUUUUUAUGAAAAAACUUUUUCUAUCUUUACAUGAAAAGUCUUGUCAUCCAAAUGAACAAAAAGAUGACAAGAAAAAGCGAUGUUGUGGGUGUCGUUUAGAAUUCCCAAAUCAACAUUCGUUGAUAGAACAUGCGAUAGCUACUCAUAUCAAUACUAAUCCUGUACCGGUUGACCCGACGAAACCCUUUGAAUGUAAAAUCUGCACACGGCGUUUUCCCUCUAAAUUGACUCUACGCAAGCAUCAGAGAAAAAUAAGUCAGGAGAAACGCUACUCUUGUGAAAUUUGUGGUCGAUCUUUCAAUCGCGCCCAUGAUAAAGCGACCCACGAAACGACUCAUUCCAAUGAAAUGCCCUACACGUGCCACAUCUGUUCACGCCGAUUCAAAAACAAACUCUACCUCAAAAAUCACUUCAAGCUGCACGCAACUAGUGACUCGCGAAACUUUUCCUGUCACGAAUGUGGUAAGUGUUUCCGAACGAAGGACCUGCUGAAAACUCAUGCCAUCAGUCAUAGCGAGGAACGGAAGUAUGCAUGCCAGUUCUGUUCUGCGACGUUUAAGCGUGCCCAGUGCUUAAAGAUUCACACCAAAGUGCAUACACGAGAGAAAGCAUUUGCUUGCACGGUCUGUUCCAAACGGUACGUUCAAUCGUCCGAUUUGAAGCGUCACAUGUUGACCCAUAAUCCGGGCGAGGGCGGCAAGCCGUUCCAGUGUGAAUACUGUCUGAAGCGAUAUCCCCGGAAGGAUUAUCUCAAAGUGCACAUCCGGAAGCAGCACCUGGAGAAGGCCGAUAUGAUUCUGAUCGAAGAGGUGGCUCUUGAGUUUCAAGGAAAUAGUGAUGGAAGUGAUUUUCUACUGAUUUAAUCGAAGCUUGAAUUGUAUUAACUGAAUAAAAUUAGUAAUUUGGAAUUGAAAACAAUAAUUUGAAAUAGAAGCAUCAUAUCUUCGUUUAACCGUUAUGUGCCCGACCGGGUGCUCGGGUACCUAUUCGGAUUUCAAUACAUGAAAUUGCAAUGUUCUUUCCCAAGCUGGGAAUUAGAGUAUCACAAAGCAAAGCUCUUGAGGAAAUAAAAUCGAUACAGUUAGCGGAGGCCUCUGUGUUUUUGUACACCAUAAUAAACCCACAGCGUACGCAGGUACCAGCCUAUCCCAACUAGAGAUCUAUGUCGGCCAUUUUUAAAUCUCUAUGUGAUGAGUUGUCAUGAUGGUUGAUGAUGGAAGUAUUGUUAAUGAACUCGAUAGAACAGAUAACAUCAUAAAGGAAGAUUAGUCAAUUCGUAGAUAUACGUAUUAAUUAUAUCUAUUAUAUGAUUUGACUCACGAUUAGUACCGAAAAUAAAAAUAUA